CAUUGACCUCCCCCCGGAUUCACCUCUACUGCGAAGCCAUGAUUCGGUCUCUUCGGCGCGUCCAGCAGUUUAACUGCAACCUCCUGACUUUACAAAGAGUCAGCGUCAACUCCAAACUCCUCUUGUGCACGUCCAGGAUGGCCAGCUCAGAGUACAGGAUCGAGCGGGACACGUUUGGUGAGCUCAAGGUCCCAGUUGACAAGUACUACGGUGCUCAGACUGUCAGAUCCACCAUGAACUUCAAGAUAGGGGGUCCAAGUGAGAGAAUGCCAAUCCAAGUGAUCAAGGCCUUUGGUAUCCUGAAGAGAGCGGCUGCUGAGGUGAACAAGGAGUUCGGCCUGGACCCAAAGAUCGCAAAUGCAAUCAUCCAGGCUGCAGAUGAGGUUUCAGCUGGUAAACUGGAUGAUCAUUUCCCUCUGGUGGUGUGGCAGACUGGAUCUGGGACUCAGAGCAACAUGAACGUCAAUGAGGUGAUCAGCAACAGAGCUAUUGAGAUCAUGGGGGGCAAACUAGGCUCCAAGGAUCCCGUCCACCCCAAUGAUCAUGUCAACAAGAGUCAGAGCUCCAAUGACACCUUCCCCACUGCCAUGCACAUUGCUGCAGCCACAGAGGUCCACCACGUCCUGCUGCCUGGCCUGCAGACGCUGCACGACGCCCUGGCUGCCAAGGCUGAAGAGUUCAAAGACAUCAUCAAGAUUGGACGCACACAUACUCAGGAUGCGGUUCCUCUGUCGCUGGGACAGGAGUUCGGCGGCUACGUCCAGCAAGUGAAGUACAGCAUUGAGAGAGUGAAGGCCGCCAUGCCCAGGGUGUAUGAGCUGGCGGCAGGAGGCACAGCAGUAGGGACUGGACUCAACACCCGCAUUGGCUUCGCUGAGAAAGUCGCCUCCACUGUCUCUUCUCUCACAGGCCUGCCGUUCGUCACCGCUCCCAACAAGUUCGAAGCUCUGGCGGCCCAUGAUGCUCUGGUGGAGCUGAGUGGAGCUCUGAACACAGUGGCUGUCAGCAUGAUGAAGAUCGCCAAUGACAUCCGCUUCCUGGGGUCAGGACCUCGCUCAGGCCUCGGAGAGCUCAUCUUACCCGAGAACGAACCGGGAAGCAGCAUCAUGCCAGGGAAGGUGAACCCCACCCAGUGCGAGGCCAUGACCAUGGUCGCAGCCCAGGUGAUGGGCAACCACGUCGCAGUCACCAUCGGAGGCAGCAACGGACACUUCGAGCUCAACGUCUUCAAACCCAUGAUGAUCAAGAACGUGCUGAACUCGGCUCGGCUGCUCGGCGACGCGUCCGUCUCCUUCACCAACAACUGCGUGGUGGGCAUCCAGGCCAACACGGAGAGGAUCAACAAGCUCAUGAACGAGUCUCUCAUGUUGGUCACCGCGCUCAACGAACACAUCGGUUACGACAAGGCAGCCACUAUCGCCAAGACGGCUCACAAGAAGGGGUCCACGCUGAAGGCCGUGGCCGUGGAGCUGGGAUACCUGACGGAGGAGCAGUUUGACCAGUGGGUGAAGCCGAGUGAAAUGCUGGGGCCAAAGUGAACUCUGACAACAUGACAAGUACUACAAGACAAAGAAGAUACACUUUCUAGUGUGGGAAAAGACAGUUUCCAAUUAAAUCAAAGAGACUGAACUGAACAAGCAAAACAUUCUCUGAACCCUGAACAUCUCGUCUCAUUUUAAAAAUUUUGGGAAUCCUUUGCUGUUGUUCGAUACAGCUUCUAUUUUGCAUACUAUCAGUGUUAAACGUACACUGUAACACACUUCUUGACCAGGGUUUGUCACACAACACCUGUAUGUCUUACGUCAUACUGUCACUCCACGUCACAACUAUGUUUUACCAUCAAUACAACUUUUUAUGGGAGUUAAAUGUGUGAAUUUGUUUCCCAACUUGUUGGUUUUGGUAUUUAAAGUCUUAAAGACUCCUCAGCUAUCAGUUGGUACCUUCAGGGUAGCUCACAUGUUCACACUGCCGUCCCAAAUGAUCUAACAGGAACUACUCUGCUCUGUAUGCUCUGGUUUACAGUAUAUGUGCCAUCUGUGCAACAUGUAUUCAUUAAAAUACAAGUAUAUUCUG